AAAGUAAAUGCAUGUGUGCUAAAACUCUUUGAGACCAUUUGAGUGCAUUCGCUGGACUAGGAUAAAUCUCAGUGUUUUCACAUUUCUUUCAGGACAUCAGGAAGACUCAAUGAAUUGCAUGAUAGUUAAAAAAAGUGCCAUCCCAAAAUGAAGAGUCUCAUGUUAUUGACCAUGCUGUGGCUCAUUCCCUCUGGAGCUCUUUGCCGUUAUAAGCCUUGGAGCUCCUCUGGCAGUGAUGAGAGGAUCUAUUGGCCCCAUGGAGGUCGCCAUUUUCAUUUGAGGCCGGCUCCACCUGGACCUCUGUUCCCUCGGUGGCCAUUUCAGUGGCACCUGCUGCCUUGUCCAGUCCCGGCCCCUGCCCCGGCUCCGGCUCCGGCCCCUGCACCAGCAACAGCACCAGCACCCACACCCAGUCCCCCAGUCACCACCACCACCACCACCACCACCACCCUCCGUGGAGAUGGUGGAAAGUAGAGCAGGGGUUGUUUUGGACCACAAUGGCCUAAAUGAUUUACUUAAAGUACCCUUGAAAGUUUAGUAGUUUAAUGCUUUCAAUAAAUAUAGUGAAUCUGUUUAA